ACGGCCUUCCUCAAGUUCGACCGCAGUCACGGCGGCAAGACCUCCUCCUACCACCUCCGGCCGGCGCUGUGGGAGGCGGGGGUGACGGUGUCUAACAAAGUCCUCGAGUGCCUGGUCCUCCGCUUCGGCAAAAACAGGGUGCUGACCUCGGAGGCCUUCCUCAUGGCACUCGUCCGCUUGCACCUGGCGCAUGAACGUUAUCACAGCAUAGACACGAAAAUGAAGGGAAAUCCACUCUCUUUAGAAGAGAUGAUCCUAAUGACAAUAUACUCGUGAUGAAUGACGUCGUGAUAGGUCCUACGUCACCAGUCGGAGAGGAACGUUUUCUGACGCAACGGUGACGCAUUGGUGACGUAUUAGUGACGUGCUGUGCGUCUUGGGCGAUGUACGCUUUAUCAGUCUGCGAUGUGUAUUUAUAUUAUGAGUCUGGGAUGUACACGUGUACUAUCCGGUUGUGAUGUACAUCCGUGGUAUCAGUCAGCAAUGUACGGUCAUGCGUUGACGAUGUUAGUCUGUGAUGUACACCGAUUAUAUCAUUUUGCGAUGUACGUCCUUGAUGUCAGUCUGAGAUGUACAGUACACCCAGAUUGUCUGUCUAGGAUCUACACCCAUAUCAUCAGUCUGGGAUGUACACUCGUGGUAUCAGUCUGUGAUGUACACCCAUAUUAUAAUUCUGGGAUGUACACUCAUGAUAUCUAUCUGCGGUGUACACCCUUCGAUAGAUUCAGUGCGUUUCUGCUUGACAAACCGCUGUUAAUCGAUACAUUUCUGGUCGCUGUACAUUUACCCUGUCAUAUGUACAUUGCCAGCGGUGUACAUCUUCCUGAAACCAAGUGAAAAGAGUUACUGCACGUCACUGUUCGACGUCGACUGCCAAUCGUCGACGAGUUUGAGUUAUAAAAGGAACGUGAUAGCGAUAAAAUGUGCAAUUCUGAAAAUGGAUGAAAAUUAAUGACGAGAAAAAAAACUUCAACUCAAGUGGUGAACAGUGACAGCAAAGGACGCAAAAGUUAAAUCACUGGCUAAAGAAAUUAAUUACUUACACUAAUUUGGAAAUAAGCAACGCACCUGGCAGUGCAGUUCCUUACUCCUGUACGACAACCUCACCCCCGCGUAUUGUCUACUAAAGCUGCAAUAUCGAAAUAUUCCCAAAAAACAACAUAAAAAAAAACUGUCUAUCCUCUUAACCUGUGAAAAAUAAGCAGUGUAAACAACAGUGAAACUUUACCAAAAGACAAAUUACAGAAAAGAGCAGAAAACAAGAAAACAGUGGCUUUGCCCUUGACCAAAACACAAAGGAAGAAAAAAAAAACGUGUAUAAGAUUUUUCCUGUGUGCUACAAGUUCGCAGUGUCUAAGUAGAGAAGGCUGUUAACACGAGAGCCACAGAGAGGGCCUCCAGAACCUCGAGCUUAAAGUGAAGUGACGCAACAAAGAUGACACUGAACAUUUUGGUAAAAAAAAAAAUCUUUUUGUCUUGAGAUUUUUCGGAUUGUAUUUUUAGUGUUGUUUUAUUGCUGUUAUUGUUAUUAUUAUUAUUAUUAUCAUUAUUAAUAUUAUUUU